AUGGGAAUAGGUAAAAUUACAGAGAUAAAUCUUACUGUUGUACUUGUUGGACUUGUUGAGGAUGUUGGACUUGUUGAGGAUGCUGGACGUGUUGAGGAUGUUGAGCUUGUUGGGGUUGCUGUACUUGUUGAGGGUGUUGAGCUUGUUAAGGAUGUUGGACUUGUUGAACUUACUGUACUGACAACAGCUCUUAUGGUGGCAAGCAUUAUUAUUAGAAAUGCAUAUUUCUUUUUUAUCGUAUUUACGUCAUCUAAUACAUCUAAUGGUCUAAAUCCAUUGUCAUCUGACGCUCUAGGUCAAAUGUCAUCUGAUGAUCUAAGUCCACGAUCAUCUAAUUGUCUAAGUCAAUUGUCGUCUAAUGGUGUAAAGCAACGUAAAGAUUUAUUUUCAAAAGUAGAUAUUUCUUUUUUUAUUUUAUUUAGGUCAUUUGAUGGUGUGAAUGGGCGUCAACUAUUUUUAUAUUAA